AUGGCCUCUGCCGGAAAGGAUUAUAUACCCCUCGGCCGCUCCGAUUCUCCUGGUCCUCUGGCUUCAGAUUUCUCUCAACAACAAGUCGCGAAACAACGCAACAAUAACUAUCACUCUACUUCGCUCAGAAAUAUGGUUGCCACAUCUGUGAAUCGCACUGCGCUGCACCCUGGUGGUGUCCAGCCUGGCAAGGGUCACACCGAGCUUGAGGAGGAGCUUCACGAGACUGCUCACAUUGACUAUGACCGUGUUUCCAUUAUUGCCAACCCCUCUGUUCCUGCCCUUUACGAAGAUGCUCUUGUCUACGAGACUGGUACUGCUGUCACCUCCAGCGGUGCUUUGAGCGCAUACUCCGGUGCUAAGACUGGUCGUUCCCCCUCCGACAAGCGUAUUGUCCAGGAGGCUUCCUCAGAAGGCGAUGUCUGGUGGGGACCCGUAAAUAAGCCCAUGACACUUGAUGUCUGGCGUAUCAACCGUGAGCGUGCUGUCGACUACCUGAACACCCGUAACCGCAUCUAUGUCGUCGAUGGUUACGCCGGCUGGGAUGAGCGCUACCGCAUCAGCGUUCGCGUUGUCUGCGCUCGCGCCUACCACGCUCUCUUCAUGCGCAACAUGCUGAUCCGCCCCAAGCGUGAGGAACUCGACCACUUCCACCCCGACUAUGUCAUCUACAACGCUGGCUCUUUCCCCGCCAACCGCUUCACUGAGGGUAUGACCUCCGCCACCUCCGUUGCCAUCAACUUCGCCGACAAGGAGAUGGUCAUCCUUGGUACCGAGUAUGCUGGUGAGAUGAAGAAGGGUGUCUUCACCGUUCUCUACUACGAGAUGCCUGUCAAGCACAACGUCCUGACUCUUCACUCCUCUGCCAACGAGGGUGAGAACGGUGAUGUCACCGUCUUCUUCGGUCUGUCCGGUACGGGCAAGACCACCUUGUCCGCUGACCCCAAGCGCAAGCUGAUUGGUGACGACGAGCACUGCUGGACCGACACCGGUGUCUUCAACAUUGAGGGUGGUUGCUACGCCAAGUGCAUUGGUCUCUCCGCCGAGAAGGAGCCCGAUAUUUUCAACGCCAUCCGCUUCGGCUCCGUCCUCGAGAACACCGUUUUCGACCCCAUCUCCCGUGUUGUUGACUACGACGAUGCCACCCUUACCGAGAACACCCGUUGCGCCUACCCCAUUGAGUACAUUGACAAUGCCAAGAUCCCCUGCCUCAGCGACAACCACCCCAGCAACAUCAUUCUGCUCACCUGUGAUGCCCGCGGUGUCCUGCCCCCCAUCUCCAAGCUCACCCCCGAGCAAACCAUGUUCCACUUCAUCUCCGGUUACACCUCUAAGAUGGCUGGUACCGAGGACGGUGUCACUGAGCCCCAGGCUACCUUCUCUUCUUGCUUCGCUCAGCCCUUCUUGGCUCUUCACCCCAUGCGCUACGCCCACAUGUUGGCCGAGAAGAUCAAGCAGCACAAGGUCAACGCCUGGCUCCUGAACACCGGCUGGGUUGGCGCCGGCGCUACCACUGGCGGCAAGCGUUGCCCUCUCAAGUACACCCGUGCUAUCCUGGACUCCAUCCACAACGGCGAGCUCGCCAAGGCCGAGUACGAGACCUACGCUACCUUCAACCUGCCCGUCCCCACCUCCUGCCCCGGUGUCCCCAGCGAGCUCCUCAACCCCGAGAAGAGCUGGACCGCCUCCACCUCCUUCAAGGAUGAGGUCACCAAGCUUGCUGUCCUCUUCAACGAGAACUUCAAGAAGUACUCUGACGAGGCUACCCCCGAUGUCCUCGCUGCUGCCCCCCAGGUUUAG